CCACGACACCGCAGCUUUCAACACUACAACCACCACCUCCUCACUACUCCUCCAUCCUCACGCGCACCGCCUAGGCUUUCUCCAUAGGAAGGGUCAUCUCUCGUGGAAUCUCCAGACAGCCACCUCCACAAAAUAAACAGUUUGAACACAGGACGAAACUAUGGCCGAUUCACUGUCCCCAAUUGGCAUUGCCAAUUUGCCCAACCAGCGACACAAGAUUGUUGCGAAGCGUGGUGCUGCUUUCACGAUAAUGGUCGCUGGUGAGUCCGGACUCGGAAAGACCACCUUCAUCAACACCCUCUUCUCGACGACCAUCAAGAACUAUGCCGAUCACAAGCGCCGACACAACAAGCAAGUCGACAAGACUGUUGAGAUCGAGAUCACCAAGGCUGAGCUCGAGGAGAAGUUCUUCAAGGUCCGCCUCACCGUCAUUGACACCCCUGGAUUUGGCGACUACGUCAACAACCGCGACUCGUGGCAGCCCAUCAUCGAGUUUUUGGAUGACCAGCACGAGUCCUACAUGUUGCAGGAGCAGCAGCCACGCCGCACGGAUAAGAUCGAUCUCCGUGUCCACGCCUGCUUAUACUUCAUCCGCCCAACUGGACACAACCUCAAGCCCCUGGAUAUUGAGGUCAUGAAGAGGCUCUGCACUCGCGUGAACUUGAUCCCCGUCGUUGCAAAGGCCGAUACUCUCAGCCCCACCGACUUGGCCAAGUUCAAGUCAAGGGUCCGCUCUGUUAUCGAGGCCCAGGGCAUCAAGAUCUACCAGCCCCCGCUUGAGGACGAUGACCAGGCCGCUCUUGCCCACGCCCAGGGCUUGAUCAAUGCCAUGCCUUUCUCUGUCAUCGGAUCUGAGAAGGACGUCCAGACCAAUGACGGCCGUACCGUCAAGGGACGACAGUAUGCUUGGGGUGUUGCUGAGGUCGAGAACGAGGAGCACUGCGACUUCAAGAAGCUCCGUGCUAUCCUUAUCCGAACCCACAUGCUUGACCUUAUCCACACCACUGAGGAGAACCACUACGAGGCAUACCGUGCCGGCCAGAUGGAGACCAGGAAGUUCGGAGAGGCUCGCCCACGGAAAUUGGACAACCCCAAGUUCAAGGAGGAGGAGGAGGCGUUGCGCAAGCGCUUUACCGAGCAGGUCAAGGUCGAGGAGCAGCGAUUCAGGCAGUGGGAGCAGAAGCUCAUCGCAGAGCGCGACCGUCUCAACAAGGACCUCGAGCAGAGCCACGCUAUGAUCAAGCAGCUCGAGCAGGACGUCGACAACCUCCAGGGCAGCGUCAACCGCUCCCACGGCCGCCGCUAAGUGUGGUCUCGGGCGUAGGUGGAGUACUUCGUUCCUCACAGUUGCACAUAAGGCUCCAAGGAGCUUCUUAUCUUCAAUAUCUUAUUUUUCCAAGAUUCCCCUCCCUUUCUGUUUCAUAUGUUUGUAAUGUCGCGUAGCGACGGGGUUCUGGCUGUCAAAUAGGGGCUUGUUUUGAUGGACAGUUACACGAGGGAAAAGUUCUGGACUUGAGGGGCUAGUAGCUUUCUCCUAGAACUAGUAGAUUAAUAUAUUGUGUUGCGGCCGGUCGCAUUGUUGAGCCUUCUAAAUGGGAUUAUACUCUCUAAAGAGCGAUCUUUCGCGAACGUAGCCAACGGCACCAUUCACUUCACGUC